CUGGAAGAAGUAAUAUGAGGGUUUUGAAGAAGAAAGCAAUGUUGAGCAAUCAGCCAUGGAAGAACAAGAAGAGAAGAAGACGAGAGAGAUCCAUAGAUGAUAAUAGAUCACAACCAAACCAUAUUCCUCUUGAUCUAACCUUGGAGAUACUCUCAAGGCUUCCUUGGAAAUCAAUCAUGAGAUAUCGAUGUGUCUCGAAGCUGUGGUCUUCUUUUAUCACACUUCCGAGUUUUAUCAACUCCUUCGAGUCUCGGUCCACUUCACGAUCACCGACUCUUCUGGUCACCUUCGCAUCUGGUUCGGCAAGAUAUGUUUUCUCGUUUCCUCAACACCAUAUUCCUGACAGGUCGACUUGUUCUCCAUUCUACAGUUACCAAAUUACAGACUUAGAUGGGAAAGGCUCGCGAUCCGAGAGCAUUCAUGGAUUGAUUUUAUCACAUGUAUUCAAGAUUUGGAACCCAACCUUGAAACAGUUUUUAGCCUUACCAUAUCCAGAUAAAUGCAGCUCGAAUCAAAAAGGUUGGGGGUCUUAUUUGGGCUACGAUCCUUUGGAAGGUAAACACAAAGUAUUGUUCAUGUCGACAAUAAAAUGUACUGAUCAGCCACGGGUUCUUACAUUGGGAGCGCAAGAAUCAUGGAGAAUAAUACCCAAAGGACGUUGCCCUAGGCAUCGUCCAUGUGGAUAUGGGCGAUGCUUCGACGGGAUUCUGUAUUACAGAGCUAGUCAUCAUGGUGAUAGUCAUGAGACCAUAAUGAAGUUUGAUGUCAAAUCUGAGUACUUCAAUGUUAUAAACUAUCCGGAGGGUCUCUAUUGGUCCUCGUUUUCCUCGUUUCAUAUGAUACCCUAUGAGGGAAGGCUAGCUUUAGUUGAUUAUGACCGUCUGUAUGGUACUGUUUACCUCUAUAUUUUGGAAGAUGCACAGGGACACAAAUGGACAGGUGAACGCUAUGUUCUUCAUUUACCAUACGAGAGCGUUCAGAAGUAUUCUAUAGAUUUCAGGGGUACUACAGAUGCUGGUGAGCUUGUUUUUGCUCCAUUUGGUUUCCAUGAAACGUUUUAUAUUCUAUAUUUGGAUCCGAGGAGAAAAGGCACUAGAAAAGUCAUUUUUGAAAGAAAUAUGGGUGACCUUAGACGCCGUUGUGGACUUGAUACCAACAGCAAGUUCACCAUUGAAGUUUUCCCAAAUCACAUCGAGAGUCUCUUUUCUUUAUAGAGCACCACCACCUUCGGUGCUCAACGCUCUCCAGUGAUUCUCUUAUGUUUUAUGUACUUUUGAUUUUCUUAAGUGUUUCUUUACGAUUCACCGAGUGAUCAUGUCUAUGCAUUACUUAAAUUUGCUCUUGAGCUAUUUCUUUA